AUGCAGGUCGGACAGUCGAUCCCGCAUGGGGAACUGCCUAGGGAAACUGAUGGCCAACAACAUGAGUGCGUUCUCAAUGAACCGAUUCAUUAUCCAGGAAUAUGGACUCCAGAGGGAGCCCAUGAUUUUCUACAUCAUGCUUUGCCUCGUCUUGAAUUUCAAUUAUCUGCUAUUUUCCUGAUCACUCAGUUUCUCCAUUUUCUGUUCAGGCCCUUCAAAUUUCAAAGACUAGUCUCCGAAAUCCUGGCUGGUGUGAUUCUUGGACCAAGUUGCAUGGGAAAGAUCUCAAAGUUUUCAGAAAUUGUCUUCCCUGCAGAAGAUGAAAUGUUCCUUGACAUCUUGUCGAAAGUUGGCUAUGUCUUUUUCAUGUUUCUUGCUGGAGUACACAUGGACAUUAGCACGAUCACAAGAAGUGGGAAAAAGGCAUGGACAAUAGGACUAGUAUCGGUUGCAAUCACAAUGAUUGUGGUCACUGGCUUCAAUUCAGCACUUUAUAAGAUUCUGCACCAAUAUCAUGUGCCAGCGGCUAAAGCUAUUGUUGGAAUACAAACUUUGACUCCCUUUGCUGUUGUUGCUUCUCUCCUCAUUGACCUAAAAAUUAUUAACAGCGAGAUUGGCCGCCUUGCUUUGGCUUGCACGUUGAUUAGUGAUUUGAUAACUUCUCCUUUCACAGCAUGGAUGAGAUUUGCAUAUGCAGAUAUGGAUAAAUUCAUGAGUGCAAAAACUACAAUAAUAAGUAUUAUUAUCAUCUUAGCUGCUAUUCUGGUCUUGCGACCACUAUUUAUGUGGAUAAUUAAGCAAACACCUGAAGGACAGGCAGUUAGGGGGUUUUACAUUGUUCUGGUAUCACUAAGUGUCCUGUUGUCUGCUGUUGUCAGUGAUUCUAUUGGACUCCAGUAUCAUUUUGGUCCUUUCAUAGUUGGCUUGACAGUUCCAUCUGGGCCACCUUUAGGUUCAACACUGGCGGAGAAGCUGGAGACACUAAUAUCAGGGCUAUUUGCCCCAUUAAUAAUCAGUACCUGUGGACUAAAGUUUGAUAUACUCAAGGUAUAUGAUGCUGGAUUUCUGCGGAUUGUAUGGAUCAUUAUCUUUGUUUUUUCUGUUGUAAAAUUCAUAUCAGUCAUAUUGCCGGCAUUGAUGUGCAAAUUGCCAAUGAGAGAUGCUACAGUUCUUUCUGCCAUCAUGAGUUCACAAGGGAUCGUUGAACUGGCUUUAUGUCAGAACUAUUUCAUGAAUCAGACAAUAGACCGGGAGACUUUUGCCUCAGUAACUAGUUCAGUUCUGCUUGUGGAUAUAGUAACAUCUCUCACAAUCAGAUUGUUGUAUGACGACUCAAGAAAAUAUACUGGAUAUCAGAAGAGAGACAUUCAGCACUUGGCUUCCAAUUCAGAAUUUCGCAUACUUCUUUGCACCCAUCGGCAAGAUGAUGCACUGGCUGCAAUAAAGCUCCUACAUAUGUCUAAUCCUACCAGGGGAAGUCCAAUUGGCGUCUGUGCACUACAUCUGGAGAAGCUUGUAGGCAAAGCUGCACCAGUUCUAAUUAACCAUGAACUGGGCCAAAAGUCUUCUUCAGUGGGCUUUCGUUCGACUAAAGUAAUUGACAUAUUUCGUUUCCAAGGGGAUCUUCACCCAGGAUUCAUCAGCGUGCAAUGCUUCACGUCUGUGUCACUACCUCAAUUCAUGCAAGAGGACAUUUGUUCCCUUGCAUUUGACAAAGUGACAUCCAUCUUGAUUCUCCCAUUUCACAGGAAAUGGAACCAUCAGGGAAGGCUCAUACAUGACAGCAAGGUCACAAGGACGAUAAACUGCUCUGUGCUGGACAUGGCACCUUGUUCUGUCGGCAUUCUCAUUGAUCGCAAGAAAAUGAGCAAUCCAUCAUGUGUUCCAUCAGUACUGCACCGUGUCGCUGUGCUUUUCUUGGGAGGCAAUGAUGAUCGCGAGGCACUGGCCUAUGGCCUUCGCAUGGCAAAAUCUCCAGGAGUUCACCUGUCUGUCGUUAGGCUUAUAUCACGAGAAGAUGUAGUAGAGGACGAGUGGGAGAAGGUUCUUGACGCAGAAAGCUUGAGGGAGUUUAAGCUCCGUUUUUCACGCCAGGAUAAUGUUGCAUUUAAGGAGGAGAUGGUGAAUGAUGAAUCUGACACUGCUUUGCUAGUUCAUCAGGUGGCGGAAGUUUUUGAUUUGAUCAUGGUAGGCCGGCGUCAUAGAGAGGACUCACCCUUGUUGUCAGGACUAAUAAGGUGGACUGAAUUGCCAGAGCUCGGUCCUCUAGGGGACAUGCUUGCUGCUGCAGAUUUCCAAAAGCCUGUUUCAGUCUUGGUGGUGCAACAACAAAUGAACAAAAUCAAAGGUUGAUAUCACGGAUGGAACCAAUGUUUACAAAGAAAAAUAGAAUGCAAAAACUAAUAUAUAGCGCUUGUUUCUU